AUGGGGCAUAGACACAUAUAUAAUGCAUCAUCACCAAUGUUUGAGGGUGAAGCUGACCAGAAUUGGAAUCACAUGCAUACUGAUCAACAUCAUGUGAACCAUGAGGGGACUAGCUCUUCAGAGAAUGGUUCUUUUGUUUAUCCUGUGGAAAAUAUAUCUAUAGAUAAUAUUUAUUUCCCCUCUCAUUGGAACUCCAACACAAGAUCAAAUGGAUAUGCAUCCUCAGGCCCCAGCAUUGAAGUGCCUCCUCCUCCUCCACCACCACCUCUUCCUCAGCAAUUGGACACACCAGGCACUUCUAACGAUCAUUUUAUGCAUACAUCUAAUGCUGGACCUUUCUUUGCAGUAUCUGAAAAUUAUGUACACCCACCUCCGUCUUCUUCCAAUUAUGACAGACAUGCAUUUCAUGUUGAUAGUGGUUUUAUUGAUCUUACAAUGGGAAGUGGACGGGGGCAUCACAAGAGGAAGAGCCCUGGAAUUCCUUCAGUUUACGAGAGAGGCAGUUCAAGUGGAUAUUUUAAUGCUGGGAGCUCAACCGAUCUUCCUACACCUCCAGAAUCAUGGCCAGAGAAACCAAAUAUGAAUUCUCAAUAUAUGCCCUGGGAUCAUGUUGCUAUGACACCCACAUUCAGAGGUGCUGGCCUCUCAAUGAAGGGUGAGAGUUCUGUACGGAAUGUAAGGAGCCGUUCUGCACUUGAUUUGGAACCCAACCUGUCUAGGACCCAUUUACCAGUUAACCAUUCACUCAACUCGUACCUUACUGCCUCACCAUUCGGCCAUUGUAGCUUGGCAGAUCUUUCAGCUCAGGUUACUACCCCUUUGGCAAGGGAUUGGAGCCAAAUGAAUGUAACUCCUGCUAAUGGAAGAGUGUUAUUACCAGAUGCUAGUACUUCUGGUCUUGAGACAAGUCACUUCCCUGUUGGAAAUACUGCUGCUGCUGCUAGUAAUGCUCCUGUAGAUGUUGGAAGCUUCCAUCAUGAAUUUGCUUUCAGGGCUUCUUCAAACUUGCGCUUGGGACAUGCGGCACCUUCAGAUAAUGGAUUGCCUAUGGUACCUGAAGGUUACUCUUCUAGACAUCCAAGGCCGCUGACCACUGUUGGCUGGCGGAACAGUGACAGAAAUGGAAGGUCUAGAAUUUCGAGUGAAAGAUAUAGAUCAUUGGCCGAUGACGCUGGUCUCCAUGCUAGAUUUUCCUCUGAGGUACCGGGUUUCAUGGUUGUUGAGCGUGCUUCACUGUAUGGCUCGAGGAAUAUACUUGAUCAGCACAGAGACAUGAGAAUGGACGUAGAUAACAUGAGCUAUGAGGAACUUCUUGCACUUGGGGAGAGGAUUGGCCAGGUGAACACAGGAUUGUCUGAGGAUGUGCUUUCCAAGUGUUUGACAGAAACAAUAUAUUGUUCAUCUGACCAAUGCCAGGAUGAAGGAAGCUGUGUGAUCUGUCUGGAAGAGUACAAGAAUAUGGAUGAUGUCGGGACACUUAAAACUUGUGGACAUGACUAUCAUGUGAGCUGCAUUAAAAAGUGGUUAUCUAUGAAGAAACUAUGUCCUAUCUGCAAAUCUUCUGUUUUGCCUGAGGAUAAGAAGGAUAAAUAA